UGAGCAUGCGCAGAAAAAGUGAGCAACAUCCCUCACGAGUAACAACAACAAGCGGAACACCAGAGCUGUAAAAAGAUAUGGCCCCUUGAGGUCCAUCACCUUUAUCUUUCUGUGAUCUCAAAGAGGGUCCGGUCCUGUCGCUGGCUUUUCAACCCAAGCUUUAUAUGUCGAUGGUUGCGAGCCAUGAACUUGGCUAGUCAGAGCGGGGAUGCUGGCGGGAGCCAGCUCCUCUUCGCCAACUUCAACCAGGACAACACAUCUUUAGCUGUUGGCAGCAAAUCAGGAUACAAGUUUUUCUCUUUGUCCUCUGUGGACAAACUGGAGCAGAUUUAUGAAUGUAAUGACACAGAGGAUGUGUGUAUAGUGGAGCGUCUGUUCUCCAGCAGCCUUGUGGCCAUUGUGAGUCUGAAGGCCCCCAGGAAACUGAAAGUGUGUCACUUCAAGAAGGGAACUGAGAUCUGCAACUACUCCUAUUCUAACACCAUACUGGCUGUCAAGCUCAACAGACAGAGGCUGAUUGUGUGUCUGGAGGAGUCUCUUUACAUCCACAACAUCAGAGACAUGAAAGUGCUGCACACCAUUAGAGAAACUCCUCCCAACCCUUCAGGAUUGUGUGCCCUCUCUAUCAGCAAUGACAACUGCUAUCUGGCCUACCCGGGCAGCGCCACGAUAGGAGAAGUUCAGGUGUUUGACACGGUCAACCUGCGUGCAGCAAACAUGAUUCCAGCUCAUGACAGCCCGUUAGCAGCUCUGGCUUUCGACGCCAGCGGAACCAAACUGGCCACAGCCUCGGAGAAGGGCACAGUCAUCCGUGUCUUCUCCAUCCCAGAGGGACAGAAGCUCUUUGAGUUUCGGCGAGGAGUCAAGAGGUGCGUGAGCAUCUGUUCGUUAGCCUUCAGUAUGGAGGGCCUGUACCUUUCUGCCUCCAGCAACACAGAGACGGUCCACAUUUUCAAGUUGGAGACUCAAAAGGAGAAGUAUGUGCCUGCAGAGGAGCCCACCACAUGGGGGGGCUACUUAGGGAAGGUCCUGAUGGCGUCCACCACCUACCUGCCGGCUCAAGUGACCGAAAUGUUCACCCAGGGGCGAGCGUUCGCCACGGUGCGCCUGCCCUUCUGCGGCCACAAGAACAUCUGCGCCUUAGCUGUGAUCCAGAAGAUUCCCAGGUUGUUGGUCGCAGCGGCUGAUGGUUACCUUUAUCUGUACAACCUGGAUCCACAAGAGGGGGGAGAGUGCACACUGAUGAAGCAGCACAGGUUAGACAGCAGUGCUGAACCUCCCAAUGAAAUCCUUGAGCAGGGGCCUCAUGAUCGUCCCCUCACAACUCAGACCUACAGUGCUGCUGUCACUAAAGGUUACUGCGAAGAGCAGGGCGCCAUGGGAGGGGCGGGGCUAGAAGACGAUCUCAGCGACCUGCGCCUGGAAGAGGAGAACGAACAGCCGCCGCUCAUCCUGGAAACUGACUGACUCGCUCAUCAAUUGGAGGGUUCCUCUGCUGCUAAAACCACGUGACACUAGAGGGGGCGGUAUCAAAGACGGGAGGUGUGUGGGGGGGGUAGUUGUUCAGGAACCUGUCCGUCAGUCAAUCUGCUUUUUAAAAAAAAUAAUUUUCCCUCCCCUCGCCGCUCCGUCAUCCCUCAGUUUAGCCUGUUCGGGCCAAAGUCAAGCUUUGCAUGUACAUGUGCCAACUCCUACAGACAAACCCAAGUCCAAUGAGAGCAGGUGUGUGUGUGUGUGUGUGUGUGGGGCUAUAAAUGUAGCUGUGUUUCCUUAAUGGACACACAUCAACACUGUGUAAACUGCAGCUGGUUGUGGAAGUGCCUCUCUGCUUCGCUGUUGCGGUCUCUCCUCUUCAGGGAGAUCGGCGUCUGUCAGCACGGAUGUUCAAACGUUUUUGCGCCUCCCCCCUGCUGUCUCUGGGACACCGUCUCACUGUCUUGUGUGACAACAAUCAAGUUUACCCCUGAAACAAUGCUCAGAGAACCGCACAGGAGAGCAGCGUUUGCCAGUUUGUCGAGCUGAAUCCUGGGUUUGUGUGUGCGCGCGUGAUGAACAUCUACAUUUUACAGAAUAUUUACAAUUUCGCCUCCACUUGUCUUUUGAUCAUUUUUACCUCAUUUAGGCUCAGUGGACCCCCCCCUCCUGCAGGCCUGCACUCAUUGGUUGAUUUUUAACCUAAAACAUAAUUAUUUUUGAUUUAAAGGACUCAAUAUAACCAAUGAUGUGUCAUGCAUGGUGUUGUUGAUGUGGUACUGUGCCCAUACAUCUGAAGACAUGGCUGAGGAUGCGACCACCUCCUCAUCCUCCCUCUAUAUAAUGUACAGUAGUGGGCUUACCUAUGUUAGUGCAUCAGUUUAAGUCACCGCUCUGGAAAUGUUUGACCAUGUGACCACAGGGUGGACUUUGGAGGGUAAUUUGAUUGAUCUGGAGGUCAAGCUGAGCCUCAUCAAACUGGUCCAGGAUGCUGCAUGAUUCCCUGUUAAUCCUUUAGUUUCUGAGGCCGCUAAACAAAACAAAAAGAGGAUUAGCUCUGGGAUUUUGGAGCAUAAGGCAUUUUCUAAUGAUUUUGUAUAAAAUGUGAAGCAUUCAUCUGAAAUUAAAAUAAAUUCUGUAUUACUGAAC